AUGAAAGUGUUGGUAGCCAGGUAAUACCUGAGGUGGGACAUUCCAGAUAACACAGUUCAGGAGGCAAGAGCAGAGACUAAGGGCUCUUUGAAUAAAAUGCUGAUCACAGAGAAUUCAAUAAGAGCUCAUAUUAAUAAAACCAUGCGAAAGUUGAAAGUAGAGCAUCCAUUAUCAAGACAGCAGUUAAUAGAAAUUUGCAGAGCAUCAAUAAGUGGGUAUAAGAACGUCCGAAGAUCUACCAAAUUGAAUAAACUCAAUGAUAUGUUAAGAGAAUCUGCGGAUCAAGUGCUACCAAGUUUGAAGUAAAAUCUAAAUUAGUCAAGAGAUUAGCCUUUAAAAAAUCUUUAAUAAUCUACUGCUAACUCAUCAAACAUUAGAACAGCAAACAUCACCUAGUCCUCAUUUAAUUUCAUGACAAGAAAUCGGCAAGUAAUCUCAUAAGGUAGAUCAGCUAAUAAUAAUAAUAAUAAUAGGUAUUUUGAAACUAACAAUAAUUAAAGUACUACUAAUAGAACUAAAGUCAGCCUAGAAUAUGAUAAAGAAUUUUAAUAAGACAUAUAAAAUUGUAUCAAGAAGUUGAAGCGAAUGCCAUCAUUGAAGAAAAAGAUGUACUAAAGAAUCGAGGAAAUAAGUUAAUAAAUGACAGAAAAUUAGGGUUAAUUGGGCUUUUAAGCUGGAAUGCAGGCGAGAAAAAGACUGAGGGAUCGCUAAAGGGAGUAAGAAUAAAAGGAAGAAAGAGAUCUUAACAAACUGAUUGAAGAAACUGCUAAGACUAAUGCCUUACAGGCAAUAAAUCUAAAUAAUUUAUUAAGAAAAAAAUGGAAUGAGCAAAAUCAAUCCUAUGUAGUCAUGUCUAAGAUUGAUAAUGAUAAAAAAAUCAAAAAGAUUAGAGACUACUGUUUCAAUAGAUACAUUCUAUGA